AUGUAUACCACUGCUAAUAACCGUUUAACUCAAUUGACACAAAUCUUACUGCCAAUAGUCAAUGAUUCUGAUAAAUCAUUUGCUCAAUAUUUAUUACAAAAUCCAACUUUUGCUCCUAAUCCAGAAUCAUCUUUAAAUCCCGAUAAACCAUUUAAAAUUGCUAUUAUUGGAUCAGGUAAUUGGGGGACUACCAUUGCUAAAAUUGUUGCUGAAAAUGCUUUAGCCAGACCUCAUUUAUUCAGUCAUUAUGUUAAUAUGUGGGUAUUUGAAGAAAAAAUUAAUGGAGAAAAUUUAACUCAAAUUAUAAAUCAACGUCAUGAAAAUAUUAAAUAUUUACCUGGAGUUAAAUUACCUAAAAAUUUAAUUGCUCAACCUGAUAUUGUUACUGCGGUAAAAGGAGCUGAUUUGAUUAUAUUUAAUUUACCUCAUCAAUUUUUACCUAAAAUUUUAAAACAAUUGAAAGGUAAUGUUCCUAAAACUACUAGAGCUAUAUCUUGUUUGAAAGGUUUAGAAGUUAGUAAAGAUGGUUGUAAAUUAUUAUCCACUUAUAUUACUGAAGAAUUAGGUAUUGUAUGUGGAGCUUUACUGGGAGCUAAUUUAGCUCCAGAAAUUGCUCGUGGUAAAUGGUCAGAAACUACUGUGGCUUAUAAAUUACCUAAUGAUUAUCGUGGUGCUGGUAAAGAUAUUGAUAAAUUAGUAUUAAAAGCUUGUUUCCAUCGUCCAUAUUUCCAUGUUAAUGUUAUUGAAGAUGUAGCUGGUGUUUCAGUGGCGGGGGCUUUGAAAAAUGUUGUUGCCUUAGCCGUAGGAUUUGUUGAAGGUUUAGGUUGGGGUGAUAAUGCUAAAGCCGCAAUUAUGAGAGUAGGAUUAUUAGAAACAAUUAAAUUUUCAGAAACGUUUUUCCCCCAAUCUCAAGCUGAUACUUUUACUGCUGAAUCUGCUGGUGUAGCUGAUUUAAUUACAACUUGUGCUGGUGGUAGAAAUGUUAAAGUUGGUAGAUAUAUGGCAGAAACUGGUGUUUCUGCUGAAGAAGCAGAAAAGAAAUUAUUAAAUGGUCAAAGUUCUCAAGGUAUAGUGACUGCUAAAGAAGUCCAUGAAUUAUUAACUUAUGUUGAUAAAUUGGAAGAAUUCCCAUUAUUUGAAGCUACUUAUCAAAUUGCCUUUGGUUCAGAAUCAAUUGAAAAUUUACCAAACUUGUUAAAUACUCAUGCUUAA